AUGGCCUUGGGAGUCCAAGGAGGAGAUGAGGAGGAGCAGGCACAGACUCUGCAGAGCGCCGAUAAGAUGGGCAAAGGGACGUGCCUCUUCGGCCCAGCGGCUUUGGGAGCUCUGCCCUUGGGAAUCUGGUGUCCAGGCUUGGUCCAGAAUGGAUCUGGGGCUUCAUACUUACUGGGCAGGGGGCAGAACCUGGGACAGGAGGGAAACCUGAGACUGGCUCAAGGGGCUACGGCGGGAGUAUUCCCGGGGGCGUCGCCUGCUUCCGCCGCCGCCUCCUUGAGUGAAAGUCCCUUUUGGGUCCAGCUGCCACAGCCACGGUGCUCCCUCAGGCCGGGCGGGGGACACCCCAGGUCUGCGUGGCCCCCGCGCUGCCACGCCCAGUGGCCGCCCGAACCCGGGGAGCAGGGGGAGGAGCCGGGGCCAGUGGAGGCGGAGGAGAUAGAAGAGGCGGAGACGGCGGAGACGGCGGCAGAGAAGGCGGAGAGGAAGGUGGAGACAGAAGCGAAGGUGGAGGGGAAGGUGGAGGCUGCGGGGAAGGUGGACGCCACCGGCAAGGUGGAGGCUGCGGGGAAGGUGGACGCCACUGGCAAGGUGGAGCUGGAGGAGGAGGAGGAGGGUCCGGGCCGCCGGGUUGAGCUCAAGCUGGAGCCCGAACCCGAGCCGGUACAGGAGGCAGAGCAGGAGCCAAAGGGGGAGCUGAAGCAGGAGCUGGAGGAUGAGAACCCAGCGCGGAGCGUCGGUGGUGGCGGCGGCGGCAAUAGCGACGAGGUUCCUGUCCCCACCCUUCCCUCUGAGCCCCCGCGGCCCCCUGAUCCCUCUCCGAGGCGUAGUCGUGCCCCCCGCCGCAGACCCCGGCCGCGGCCUCAGACCCGACUCCGUACCCCACCGCAACCUAGGCCACGGCCCCCGCCCCGGCCCCGGCCCCGGCGCGGCCCUGGGGGGGGAUGCCUGGAUGUGGAUUUUGCUGUGGGUCCACCAGGCUGUUCCCACGUGAACACCUUUAAGGUGGGAGAGAAUUGGAGGCAGGAACUGCGGGUGAUCUACCAGUGCUUCGUGUGGUGUAGAACCCCAGAGACCAGGAAAAGCAAGGCAAAGUCGUGUAUCUGCCAUGUGUGCGGUACCCACCUGAACAGACUCCACUCUUGCCUUUCCUGUGUCUUCUUUGGCUGCUUCACGGAGAGACACAUUCAUGAGCACGCUGAGACAAAACAGCACAACUUAGCUGUAGACCUUUACUAUGGAGGUAUCUACUGCUUUAUGUGUAAGGACUAUGUAUAUGACAAAGACAUAGAGCAAAUUGCCAAAGAAGAGCAAGGAGAAGCUUUGAAAUUACAAGCCUCCACCUCAACUGAAGUUUCUCACCAGCAGUGUUCAGUGCCUGGCCUCGGUGAGAAAUACCCAACCUGGGAGACAACCAAACCGGAGUUAGAACUGCUGGGGCACAACCCAAGGAGAAGAAGAAUCACCUCCAGCUUUACCAUUGGUUUAAGAGGACUAAUCAAUCUUGGUAACACGUGCUUUAUGAACUGCAUAGUCCAGGCCCUUACCCACACUCCGAUCUUGAGAGAUUUCUUCCUCUCUGACAGGCACAGAUGUGAAAUGCCAAGUCCGGAGUUGUGUCUGGUCUGUGAGAUGUCUUCGCUUUUUCGGGAGUUGUAUUCUGGAAACCCAUCUCCUCAUGUUCCCUAUAAAUUACUGCACCUGGUAUGGAUACAUGCACGGCAUUUAGCAGGGUACAGGCAACAGGAUGCCCACGAGUUUCUCAUUGCAGCAUUAGAUGUCCUGCACCGGCACUGCAAAGGUGAUGAUGCUGGCAAGGCAGCCAACAAUCCCAACCACUGUAACUGCAUCAUAGACCAAAUCUUCACAGGUGGCCUGCAGUCUGAUGUCACCUGUCAAGCCUGCCAUGGUGUUUCCACCACGAUAGACCCAUGCUGGGACAUCAGUUUGGACUUGCCUGGUUCUUGCACCUCCUUCUGGCCCAUGAGCCCAGGGAGGGAGAGCAGUGUGAAUGGGGAAAGCCACAUACCAGGAACCACCACACUCACGGACUGUUUGCGAAGGUUUACAAGGCCAGAGCACCUAGGAAGCAGUGCCAAAAUCAAAUGUGGUAGUUGCCAAAGCUACCAGGAAUCUACCAAACAGCUCACAAUGAAUAAAUUACCUGUUGUUGCCUGUUUUCAUUUUAAACGGUUUGAACACUCGGCCAAACAGAGGCGCAAAAUCACUACAUACAUAUCCUUUCCUCUGGAGCUGGAUAUGACACCAUUUAUGGCCUCAAGUAAAGACAGCAGGAUGAAUGGACAGUUGCAGCUGCCAACCAGUAGUGGAAAUGAGGAGAAUAAGUAUUCCUUGUUUGCUGUGGUUAAUCACCAAGGAACCUUGGAGAGUGGCCACUAUACCAGCUUCAUCCGGCAUCACAAGGACCAGUGGUUCAAGUGUGAUGAUGCUGUUAUCACCAAGGCCAGUAUUAAAGAUGUUCUGGAUAGUGAAGGGUAUUUACUGUUCUAUCACAAACAGGUCCUGGAACAUGAAUCAGAAAAAGUGAAAGAAAUGAAUACACAAGCCUACUGAAGUGACACACAGACCUACGUUUAAUGGAAGAUGAUGACACCUAUACUACUACUGGCAUCAAGAUUUAAAGGACCUACUUGCAUGGCCCAUGGGUCUGACAGAGUAAGAAUUGAACAGUACCCAGUGUCUAAAAGGUCCUGAUUAGAAGAGAAAUAGGAGGGUUGGGAGAAGAGGCUCUAGUCUAAGCAGUUACUUAAAGGAAAAUUAAAUGGCAGGAAUGUUCUGGUAAGGAAGGCAGGGAGAUCCUGACACUGGUCCAUAUCCUAUA